AUGCAUUUCCUCACACACACCGCAAUUUCUAUCGCUCUGACCAGCACCUCGGUCUUCGCUGCUUCUUGUGAAACAUACACACCAGCUGGCGAACCAUAUACCCAACCUGCGGAUCGAACGUUCAUUGUCAGCAAAGGCGAAGUCUGUGAAUCCACUACUGGCGACUGUCGUAUUCCAAUCGGCGGAUAUGUGACUGAGGGCCGUACCUUGAACGUCACAAUCGCCUCUCCAGGACCUAUCUACGAUCUUAUCAGCGACACUGUGCGAUUUGUGUUCAACGACACGGCUACGACUUGGGUGGGCGGGCCCAGCCCUGGUGAACCGCAAGAGUGGCCAAUCCAGAAUGGAACUGCCGCCUACGUAGGAUUUACUGCCAAUCAUCGAUGCACCUCUGGCACCUUAUCUGGCUGUGAUGACUCUGCCAUCGAAGGCGCCGCUGUUGAAGCUUGCUCGCCUUAUACCAUAGCCGAUGGUCUUUCUGGCACUUUUCAUGCUAUUGUGUCAGAUCGCAGUAGUGUGGAGGCAUUGACGUGUAAUCCGGCCAACACUACCGCGGCGAAGAACGGCAACAAUCCAUCCAACUGCUCGGAUGCUAGUUCGCAACUUCCUAUUGGAGACGCAAGUCGAUUUGGUGGAGUUUCCACUAUACUGCUGGUUGGUUCUUUGGGUGUUGCUGUUUUCGGAUUUGGGUCCCUCUAG